AUGGAAUUUUUGCUAUCUAACUAUAAUAAAGAUGAGUUGCAAGAGAAUUUAAUAGACAUCAAAGACAUGAUUUCAUCAGAUAAUGAAAACUAUGAUGAUCCUGUAUUUGAUUUAGAGCAGAACUUAUACGAAUAUGCCUUAUUUAAUGUGGAAGACAUACCAAUUUUGCAAGAAAAAAGUGGUAAAGGUAUCGGUAAUGAAUAUAUUGAAGAGAUUUCUACGAUUAAGGCAAAACCAACUACACCAUGCGUUAUAAUCAAUAAUGAUCAUAGAGAAAUACGACGCUGUAAUAGAGAAAGUGAUAAGAGAUUGAGAGAAUUAAUUAAUGUUUGGGAAAUUGACAUAGAUGCUGUUAAUGAUGUUAAUAGAGAACUUCAUCUUCUUGGAGUAUAUUUAAGGCAUUUCAACUAUAACCAAAAUAAUGUACAUAGCAAAAAAUUGAAAGGCAAACACUCAACUGAAAGAAAAUUUGGAAAGUCACUUGUCUUUGAAGUUUUAAGAUUGCGCACCAGCUUAGCACCUUAUAAAUCAACAUUAGAAAGUCUCAACUCCUUACAGCAGUAUUAUGAAUUAAUAGAUGAUAUUGAAUUUUGCGGAAAAAAUCUAUUUGUAGAAUAA